AUGCACCUUAUCCUGACAGGCGCCACCGGCCUGGUCGGGUCGGCGGUCCUGGACGCCAUGCUGGCAGCCAAGGAGGUGACCAAAAUCUCCAUCCUCAGCCGGCGGCCGGUGCGCAUGGCCGAGGACCGGGCGACCACCGACGGGGGCGGCGCGGACCGCGUGCGCGUCAUUGUGCACAGCGACUUUACCUCGUACGACGCCGCCGUGCUGGACAAGCUCAAGGGCGCCGUCGGGUGUGUCUGGGCGCUGGGCGUGAGCCAGAACAAGGUCACGGCGGACGAGUACGUGCGCAUCACUAAGGAUUAUCCGCUGGCGGCGGCAAAGGCUUUUGCUACGCUGCCGACGGCGUCUUCAUCGGCGGCGCCGUUUCGCUUCGUCUACGUCUCGGGCGAAGGCGCGACACAAACGCCCGGCCGCUUCUCCGCCAUCUUUGCGCGCGUAAAGGGCGAGACGGAGAAGGCCUUGGCCGAGCUGUCAGCGACGACGGGAGAAAAGCCGGGAAGCCAGCCGCAGCCGCAGCCGCUAUUACGCGCUGACUCGGUGCGGCCGGCCUUUGUCGACGCCGCGAACCACGCCGCCAUCAAGCCCUACAUCCCGAACCCGGGGCUGCUGUAUAACGCGACGGUGCUGACGCUGGGGCCUGUGUUUCGCUCGGCUUACCGGCGCAUGCACUCGCCGACCGAGGUGCUGGGCGGGUUUCUGACACAGCUUGCCGCAGGGGGGAUUGACGAUGCCAAGGUCGAGGGGCCGGGGGCUUUUCGGCUGGGCUCUUCGUCGUCAGGCUCGUGGGUGGUGGAGAAUGUCGGGUUUAGAAGGAUCAUGGGCUUGUGA